AUGUCCGGCACAAAGGCCACAGCUAUGAUGAGCAGUCGCUCUCCUACAAUCAAACGAAUCUUACGCGAGGCAGCCGAGAUCUCCAAUUCGCCAUCGCGGGAUUACGCAGCACACCCACUAGAAACGGACCUAUUCGAAUGGCAUUUCACCCUGCGUGGACCGCCUAACUCUGUAUACAGCGAGGGUCUCUAUCAUGGCCGUAUUGUCCUGCCUCCAACGUAUCCCCUCCGCCCUCCCAUGUUCCGCUUCGCCACGCCAAAUGGGCGAUUUGAGGCCAACCGCGAAAUUUGCCUCAGUAUCAGUGGCCACCACGAAGAGACUUGGCAACCAGCAUGGGGGGUUCGCACAGCAUUAGUAGCUCUACGUAGCUUCAUGGAAACUGAAGCGCGUGGUCAGCUGGGAGGCUUAGAGACUACCGAUGAGGUGCGCCAGCGGCUAGCAAAGGACUCUGGGGCAUGGACUUGCGCCGUUUGCGCAAAAUCCAACGCAGAAAUUAUCAGGGACUGCGAAGAACGUUGCCAGGGCCCUGACAGCAGUUCCUCGGACGUCUCAGUCCCACAGGAGCUCAAUAUGGUCUGGAAAGAUGAGAUGAAGCCCGAGGAACCAAAGGAAGACGAAAAGGCAACUCAAGAUACCUUGGAAGACUCCGAACUCGCUGAAGGAUUUGUUCAAACGUCCCCGCAGGCUUCUGCACCUAUGAGUGAACCAGUUGGUGCCACGCCACCGCAGCCUCGUCAGAUAGCAAGCCUCGAGGCCCCGCAGAACGCAACGCCAGCUCAACAGCGGGUAGUACAACCUACAGCGGCUCAUCACCAGACUACGGACGAGGGAACUCCGCUUUGGAUAGAUAGGGCCAUUGUCGUUCUUGUCGUUCUACUAAUUGCGCUACUUAUCAAAGUAUUGUGUGGAUUAUAA